UCCUUUUUUUUUUUGACAGCUUGUAUCGAUCCUAUCACAUGCUUAAUUGUUUUUAUAAUAUUAUUAUAGGAAGCAAAGUGAUAUUCUUGAGGGUUAAGAAUUGAGAUCCUCUGCCUUGCCUGGCUGCCGUUUAAGAACCGAUCUCAGUUUCAGUUUCAGUUUCAGUUCGAGUGAGUGGAGAACAUUGCGUGGCCACCACCGCAACAACCCGUUCACCUUUCCCUAUAAAAUCAUCACCUGUCCUUCAUUCCAUACCAAUCAUCUUCGAUCCCAUCGCUCUCUUUCUCUCUCUCACUCCGCCACCGAUGGCGCCGCCUGCUGCACCAGUAGUUGAAGGCGGUGCACCUGCACCGCAAGGAAGACAACAAGCAGGAGGAGGAGGAGGAGGGUUUGGCCUCACCGGAAUCAUCCGCAUGGUCGUUUUCUGGUACUUCGCUUCCAAAUUCUUCUCUCCUAAGAAGCCUGUCGAUCCUUCCGUCCAAAUCUCCAACCUCUUCCCCAAAUCACAGCCUCUGGAUAUGUGGCUUUAUGUUUCGGAGCAUGAGAAGUUCAAUGACUUUGGUAGUGAAAGUGCCCUUGUAUGGCAUGAGACCAAUAUUCCGUAUGCAGUUUGGGGACCUGAGAGUACCAGGACUCUUACUUUGAAGUAUCCUCCUACCGAGUCUUUGAAACAUAAUGGAAGUCUAUUCGCUCAUGUUUACUUCGCACAUUCUGGAUUUUCUCCUGACCCAAGUGAUCCAGAAUACCAGCCUCAGGCAGCAUUUGGAAGGACACAUCCUGUGGUUGUGUACUUUCCCAAGAGCAAAGCGAAUAAAAAGAAGAGUCUGUUGGCAGGUUCAGCAGAUUCUGUUGAGGAUCAAGCGACAACCAAGGUGGUUGACAAUGCUGAAGAUGAUUCUAAGGACGAUGGUCCAGAGGAGUGGAUUUCAUAUUGGAAACCAAAUAUAACAAUAAACUUAGUAGCUGACUUCACUCAGUACCCAAAAACAGGCAUACCACCAAACAUUGCUCCAUACAUGAACAUUGAUCCUAUCACUGGGAAUUACUAUCCAACUAUUUAUUUCAAUGAGUUCUGGUUACUCAGGGAUAAGUUGAUAGCUUUGAAUGAGACAGUAACCGAGUUAACACUUAAUCUGGAAGUUGGUCCCAUUAGUAUGACGAAGUGGCAAUUAUUCCUGCAAAUUGACCAGUCUUUCCAGAUUCACCGUAGUUAUGGAAGCAUGCUUGAAGGCGAGGCUGAUGAACUUAAGAGGGUAUUCUUGGAAGGAAAUCCUUACCUCCUGGGAAUUACCAUGGUUGUUUCUCUUCUUCAUUCAGUUUUUGACUUUUUGGCUUUCAAGAAUGACAUCCAAUUUUGGAACAAAAAUAAAUCUAUGGAAGGACUCUCUGCAAAGACUGUUGUUGUCAGCUUCAUCUGUCAGCUUAUUAUCUUCCUUUAUCUUCUUGACAAUGACACCUCUUGGAUGAUUCUUGCAAGCUCUGGAAUUGGUUUGGUUAUUGAAUUCUGGAAAAUUGGAAAAGCCAUGCACAUAGAGAUUGAUAGGACAGGGAGGAUACCUAUGUUGAGGUUCCGAGAUCGAGAGUCAUACGCGGGGAAUAAGACAAAGGAAUAUGAUGAUAUUGCAAUGAAAUAUUUAACCUAUGUUCUAUUUCUCCUUGCUGCUGGCUUCGCUGCUUACUCACUAAUGUAUGAGCGUCACAGGAGCUGGUAUUCUUGGAUUCUGUCUUCACUUACAAGCUGUGUAUACAUGUUUGGCUUUAUUAUGAUGUGCCCUCAAUUGUUCAUCAACUACAAGCUCAAAUCUGUUGCUCAUCUACCUUGGAGGCAGAUGACUUACAAGUUCCUCAACACCAUUAUUGAUGAUCUUUUUGCCUUUGUCAUUAAAAUGCCAACAUUACAUCGACUUUCUGUCUUCCGUGAUGAUCUUAUUUUUCUCAUAUACGUAUACCAGAGGUGGAUUUAUCCAGUGGACAAGAAGCGUGUAAAUGAAUUUGGUUUUGGAGGUGAGGAUGAUCAGGCUGUGGUUUCUGCUGAGACAGAUGCAGCUACGGAAGAAGAGAAGAAAACUAAUUGAUUUGGUUUUCUCUCAACCGCGUGCGAGAAUUUUACACUAGAUACGCAAUGCUGUAGAAUUCGAUGGGGAUUAAUUUGUUUUUUCUCCCCCUUCUGAGUUCUGAUAUAAAUUAGCUGUUAGCUUUUUGUUUAAAGAAGCUUGACAUUGCCUCCUGUAAGUUUUACUAGGACCUUCAUGGUAGACUAGGAUGGUCACACAGCUUAUUACUUUUCCUUGUUUUGUCCAUUAGAAUGCCCUCUCUAGUUUUAUUUAUUAUCAAAUAUUUUUGCCUUUUGGUUUUGGUGAUAGACUAACCUUAUCAUGUAAUAUUUUUCUUCCACUCUUAUUUUUAACUAAUUUAUCCUUGUGUUAAUUUAUUUGAUA